AUGCUUGCUAGACUGAAGGACGAGCCCCUUUACCAGGACCUCAAUUGGCGCCUGGUAGCUAUUGGCUUGAUCUCAAGCUUGGGCGCCCUUGGAUUUGGCUUCGAUAAUGGCUGGUGGGGCGGUGCGCUCGGAUUGUCCGAAUUUAAGAAGAAGUACGGCGAGUACGAUGCGGAUCUUGACGCCUACGCCCUCCCUUCGCAAAAGACUUCUGUCGGAACAGGCACCGGCUCGGCUGGUAUCAUCAUUGGUUGCAUUCUCGCACCUUUCGUCACUUCCAAGCUCGGCAGAAAGAAGUCAUUCCUAGUCAUUUCCGGUCUAAUGCUCGUUGGUGUGGCACUCGAAGCAUCGGCAGUCACAUCAUUUUGGCAGUUGGUUGUUGGCAGAAUUAUUGUCUACUCAGGUAUCGGUCUAGCAUCGAACUGCGUGCCAAUAGUCGUCAUUCUCGUCCAGUUAAUUGUUCCUGUCGGCUAUAUCUCGAUGUACGUCUUCAUCCCCGAGUCGCCGCGUUGGCUUGUAUAUCGCGGCCGUUACGAGGAGGCGGAGGUAGUCAUGAAGUCUCUUUCAAAUCACCCAGAAGCAAUUCCCCACGAAGUUCAGCUUCUCAAGGCGCAAGUCGAGGAGCAGCGUGAAUUGCACAAGGCUACAUCUAUCCUGGACUGUUUCAAAGGUUCCAACCUGCGACGCACAGCAAUUGCCAUGGGUGUACAAAUCCUGCAACAGGCACAGGGUGUAUCUUUCAUUCAGAACUUCAUCGUUACAUUCAUGCAGCAGCUCGGUUUCCCUGAUCCCCUCCGAACCAAUAUGAUGGUUACAGGUUGCGGUUUUGCAGUUCAUAUCAUCACAUUCCUUACCUUUGAUCGAAUCGGCCGUAGGAGAUCGCUGACUUGGGGCGCCGUUGGCCUUGCUUGUUGUAUGCUUGGAACUGGAGCUGCGACGGCCACCGGCAGUGCUGGUAAUUAUUCGUCUUCUGUCUCCAAUGCAUCAGCCGCUCUGCUCAUUUUGUGGUAUUGCGUCUUCGGCUUUACCUGGGGUCCGGGCUGCUGGGUAGUUGCGGCUGAAACUGGUACUGGCCAGCUUCGUGAGCGGACGUUGUUCCUUUCGUCAAUGGCGAGCUUUGUCACGUCAGUACCAAUCAAUUUUGUCAAUCCUUACGUGCAGAAGAGGCUCGGUGGAGGCGUUACAUUCAUCUAUGGUGGCUUCUCCGUUUUAGCGAUCCUGUGGGUGUUUCUCAUGGUUCCAGAAACAAAGAAUCGCUCACUGGAGGAGCUGGAUGAGAUGUUCCAGAAUAACGUCAAGACAAGGCAUUUCAAGAGAUAUGUAUGUACUGGACUGGGAGCACAAAUCACACAGUUGGAAGAGAAGGGUGGUAAGGUGUUGGAGGAUGCUUGGGCAGAGGAACAUAAGGAACACCCAACCGAAGGUGAUGAGGCCCAGGUUGCCAAGUAG